GCAAACUGUACAAUGUGCUGACAACGCCAUUUGUCGAGUCCAGGUCGCCUCGCUGUUUCUCAAUCGUAUUUAAAAACUUCACUCAUUGUCAGUGAUAUGCAUACCUAUAUAAAACGGCAAUAAAAAUCUGUUCAAAAGCAUAUCGUAAAAACAUAAUACGUACCCAACUACGCGAAAAUCUGUAAAAGAAUUUUGGCAAAGCUCGACAAUUUCUGCUUUAGACAUUUUCAGCUUACGGGCAAUCGUCACCUCGACAUCGAGCAUUCGUCCGAUAUCACGAAUGGACGACAAUUACGAGAAAUGGUAAUUUCUAGGCGCAUGAAACAAUUAACGACAUAUCGACGCCAAGGAUAAUGCUCACCGCUGACCAUCGUAAGAGUACGCAGGUAUUCACGAGCACGCGUGUACUAUGCGAAUAAAAUUUACACGUUCAUCGACGUAUGCAGCAGACCUAUUAGGUCCCAUUCCACUUGUUCGGAGCCUUCGGCAGCAGGCGAUUCGACGACCUUGCCCUCCAUUGCUUCCGAGGUGACAUCGGACUUGAGGAAUUGAAAAAUGCAUCGCCGAGAUCAACUGCAGUUAGUCACAAAGCGGUCCAUGGCCCAGAUUUACGCCCUUCUUAAGCCGGUAUAAAAUCUCACCGAGGAUCGUCAUUUUCUUACACUCCGAGCUGAGCGUCGGGCCCUACAAAGCAUCAUUCGAUAAUUACACGACGAUGCGUACCUGUGAUAUCAUCUUGUGAAAAUUCGAUGUGCGCAGUGGUAUCCUGUUUUCUUAUCAUCUUCGUAAUAGUCUGCCUGAUCCUGAUGCUGAUAUACAAUCCGUUCUACGUGUGGGAAGUGAGAUCCGUGAAUUAAGGAAGUAGAUAAAAAAAAAAAAUAAGCAAAGAUAAACAAAAGCAACAGCGUUGCAUCCGCAUCGAUCUACUUAUCUGAAAAUGAAAUUAUUCACCCUCGCACUGCUGAACUUUGUCAUUCUUGGAGAAUGCUCGCUCCUAGAAAUGUCCCAAGUUCUCUGGACUCGACUUUUGGCUGGCGGAUUGACCAAAGGAGGCGCUCUAGACCCACUGCGCGUUCCAGUGGUCAAAGUAGAUCAAUCCGAGGGCAACACGAGCUACAGAAUAGUCCUACGAAACGUCGAGAUCAGGGGACUGAACCUCUCGACUCUUGAGAGCGUUCACAUCGCGAGGGGGAGGCUGAAGGCUAACCUGAGCGAACUCGAGGCUGGAUACGUGAGCUACAGUGACCUGAGGGAACUGGACUCCAUCAGGUACAGAUUUCACACUUUGGUAAAGGAGCCGAAGCCGAGAAACAACACCGAGGGCAAACCCUCUGCUUCCUUCGAUUCGAAGAGUGCCAGAAACAUGGAGUCGGAAACGCCUCUGGCCAAAGCUAAUCAACGAUAUCAACAGAGGACGGAGGCUCGCGACGAGAUCGUGGACGUUGUCUACGCCCAAAACUACAUGCCGUUUGAAAAGCUUGGUUCAACCGAGCAGAAGGAACAAUUGGCCUUUAGUGCCGCCCUGGAAGAGAGGUCUGAGGACGGGGAAGAAAGUAACGACGAACAGAUUGAGUGCACCGGAAGUUGUGCUAACAAAAGCGGAAGUUCGUCCAGCAGUUCGUCGAACACUAGAAGAGCGGACGUCUAUCAAGGUACUCGAGGCAAUCGUAAGUUCGGUGAGUUUAGUGAAGACGAUGCUGCGGAUGAGUUCAUCGGGCAAGACGAUGCUCACGUCUCGGCGUCUGAGAGUGUUGAGCAGAAGCAGGCAUUCGUGAAGGCCGAACAAACACCCAGGGGUGAGAGGAUUGUCAGCUCUCCAGAGUCUAGGAAUCACGGAAAACACGUGAUUAGCGCAAGUCUCGAGCUUCCACUUCGACAGUCAGGAUCAGGACAUCGUCGUCAGGAAGUAUUCCGUCAAGGUACGGAAAGUGCGAGGGUGACUGCUGAACGCAGUUAUAAAACGCCGCCUGGUUACGUUGACAUCAUCUACGCGGACGACGAUGACAAGAAAAUCAAACAUUUCGCUGGGUUUAGAAGAAAAGACGACGAGAACUUGAGAGUUUACGGGUUGGAGGAAAUCAGAAAGGAGAUCGAACGGAACAAUCGUUACAUAGUUCACAAUUUCACGGCGACAGAGGCGAUUCAGAAACGCAACAACAUGACACUUGCAGCUGCCGAAAGUAAAAGGAUCAAGGACUUGAUUAGAUACGCCGAGAAAUUCCAAGAGAAAGAUGGCUACUUUGAACAAGGCAUGCAGCUGAUUUAUCACUUCGGUGGAAUGGACGAGUUCGGUUCUUACGAUUCAGAAACAGUUCAAGAGCCAGAUUCAAAUGCAGCUAAGCGCCGGAAACGCGAACACAAUAACCAUGAUAUCGAAGACGACAUUAUGCAUGUCAUAAUAGGUAUUCGAGUACCGCUUCUGGAAGUAAAAGCGGACUACCAUUUAACGGGUAAAGUUGGAAGUGAUGUAUUGCGAGGAAAUGGUCUGCUAGCCGGAAGUUUUAAUGAUUUGAUCGGGAACUUUACACUGGAGCUGAGAAAAGUUGGUAAAAGCACAAUGGUCGUUCGAGCAGCCAGAGCAAGGCUGGUGGCAAGUGAUCGUAAAGUUUCUUUCCAGGGGAUGAACGAAAAAGGACCUGUUGAAUCUGUCCUAGUACACGGUCUAAUGGCCGCCGAGGCUGUCGCCGCUAUGAUAGCCGACGACUUGGCGACAAAAGCACUGAGCGAAAACCGAGCCAACGAUGCUAUGAUAUACAAAAUGUACUCCAACGAUCCGGGAUCACUGUGAAUUGAUUUUUUUUUUUCUUUUUUCCAAGUUAGUUAUCCUUAACCCCGAAGAACACCUUCAAUAUCGACUCUAUUAACGACAAUGUAUUUAGUCUAUUUAUUUAUUUAUCUAAUAGUGUAUAUUUAUUGAACAACAUAAGAAAGAAUUCAUGGUAUGGUCAUGUGAAAUGUACCAUGAAUCAAUUUCGAUUCAACAAAUUUAGUACAAACAAAAAAUCUUGGUUCAAGAAAAAUUUAAAUGAGUUUACGGCAUGUGACGAAUAAAAGGAUAAUAAUUGCAUUCACACCGCCUGUCGUUGGGCAAAAAUGUCUAGACUUGUAGAACCGGUAACUUUAUACCGAGCAGCAACUUUUACCACAGGCAACUAAUUCUCCCGGGGUUACCGCAUGCUCGUCGGCACACGACGUGGACACUUACGGCAAGUGCGUCCUGCAACAGCUCGAAGCCAUCAGACCAUUUUUGCCCAAGGGGAUC